AAACGAUGUCAAGCGCCCGCUCGCAGCCAGCACGCGCCGCGCCCCUGGGCGCUCCCCGCUGCGGCGCGCCGCCCGCGCGCGGGUUGCCCGGGCGAGCGACCGCCACCGCUCGCCCCUCCGCGCCCUCUGCCCGCGCACGGCCGACGCGCAAGCCCGCGGUCGCGCGCGAGCCGUCGCUUUGCGGACGCCACCGUCUACCCGCGCUCGCUCGCGAUCGAGUCAGACGACCCUAUAUUCCGAGUAGCGGAGGCGCGUUAUCGGCGUGCUGCUCCUGCACAGGUUUUGCGGCCGCCCCGAGAGGGGGAGCGGCCGCUCCUCCGCACCAUCGGCCCACGGCAUCCUGAGCGGCGUCGGCGCCGCCCCAACGGCCGGCUCGGGCGCUUCCCGCCCCGCCUCGGCUACACUUUGUCGCGGCGAUCCAGCGGCGCCAUCACCGGCACGGCCGCCGCCGCCCGUGCGGCACCCGCGGCACCGCCCGCCCCCCCUGGCGAUGCUGGCCGCUACCCCGCCGCCGUAGCUACCCUCCCCACCGCUGGUGCACCGCCUCCGCCGCCCCCCUCGGCGCUUCGCCCGUGAUUUUGCCGCCUCCUCCUCCACCACCACCCGUCUAAGCUUCCGCCCGCCUUCUCGCCACCGCCGUCCGCGCCACCUCAGCCGCCCUCCCCGGCGCUGCACCGGCGCUGCAGUGCCGUCGGCGCCGCCGCCCGUGCCGCCUCGGCCUCUGCGCCUCCAACCUCGCCGCGUCCGCAGCGGUUCCGCCCUCGGCGCCUCCCACCUCUCACCCGCCAGGUCGAACUUCCGCCGACGAUGGUGCCACCGCUGCCGCCCCCCCCGCUCGAGCCUCGGCCGCCGCACCCCGCCGCCCGCGCCCCGCCGCCACCCCCUCCGUCACGGCACACGCCGGCACCACCGCUACUACCGCUGGCUCCGCCCUAGACGCCGCCGACCGCUCGCAAGAGCGGCGAGCCCGGGGCCGACACCCCUCUGUUAGGUGACGGUCGACGGCUCCUUUCGAGGCUUUGUGGCCCUUUAAGAGGGCACCAGCAGCUUGGGGGGUGCGCGCUGGAUGGCCGGCGCGGUGGAGCAGCGGCGCGGAGCCGGGGGUGCGAUGUGCGGCCGUCGGCUGUGGGCGGGAUAA